AUGUCCCGAUCGAAUCGACAUUUGGAUUGGAAAGAUAUCUUCCUAUGCUACCCCAUCUUCGAGAACAUUUGUGCCUAUCUCGAUCCCAAUGAUAUCUUGUUUUUCCGAUUAACUACCAAGCAACUUUCAUCGUCGUUUGACUCGCUCUUCAAGACCCAGUGGAAUAUCAAUCGCCAACUCGCCCGCUUUGUUAAGGAUCCUGUCGGCUUUCGGUCAAAGUUGGCUGAGUACGAUGCCCUCAUGUCUGGAAGCUUCGCUUUACAGUUCUUCGAGAGAAGAUCCUGGCGUGACUCUGACCUGGAAAUUUAUGUGCAAAAUGCGAACAACUUCAGGAAUCCUGAACAGAUAGGCAAAUACCUGGUCAAUCAAGAAGCCUACAGAUUACAAUGGUCGAAAACGGAAGCAAACAGUGGCUUGAUAAACCAUGUGGGCCAAUUGAAGUGUAUUUCACAGGUUGAAUCAUACCUUAGGACGAGCUCCAUGGAGGAGCCAAUUCAGAUCCAAAUAAUCUAUACAACCAACAUUCCGUUCCAAGCAAUCAUCCAGGGCUCUCAUACAUCACUUUUCAUGAACGUCAUCUCAUGGAAUUUCGCGUAUUCACUUUUCCCCGAUAUGAAUUUCAUCAAAAGAACAGCUUACGAAAUGAAUGGAGGAGUCAUUGGCUAUCUCCAAGCCAACGCGGCCCACAAAGAUCUUGAAGCGAAAUACAGACGAAGAGGAUGGGAGUGGAAAAAAGCGGCAGCCAUUAGCGAUUCCAAGAAUCUACACUCCCUAAAUUUGGCCAGCCGCAGAAAAAUUGACGAUUCGUAUACAUGGACCAUCAUGCUUGAUACAAACGAUGUAAAUAGUGGCCAACCUUCGUAUGUUUUACAAAAUUCUUACUUCAAAGUCGCACAGCUUGGCCCACCCAACAAGCAGUAUUUCGUGGAUAUGCAUAUUGUUCGCAGCUGCGUCCUCCGUUACGAAUAUACAACGACGACGAAGUUUUACGACCAUUUCUCGUUCUGGGCAUGGGUAAAACAGAAGCUGGACGAUUUGACUCAUGCUCAACUCUUAAAGUUUCCCGAGAAUGAACGACCGAUUCCUCUUCAAACACACGGUCCGAGUGGGUACAAGAUAGAAUAUAAUUCACGUACCAUCAAGAGGCAUGUGCGAGAACCAGAGGGAUGGAUUUUCUAUGAUGAUCAGAUCCCGAUAUGGCAUGAAGAGUAUCUCACAGACGAAGAAGCUAGACUGAGGGCUGAACAGGAAAUGAAACAAGCCGGAUUAGAGCUAUAUAUCAAAGAUUAA